AUUAUAGCGUCGGUGUCCUUCUUGGGUAUGGUAAUGGUACGUUUGCAGAUCAAAUAGCACAUUCAACUGACGGUGGGCCAUACUGUGUAGCUGUUGGUGAUUUCAACAACGAUAACCGACUGGAUAUUGUUACAGCAAACAUAGCGACCAGUGACAUUAGUGUUUUUUUUGGAUAUGGUAAUGGUUCGUUUGCAGAUGAAAUGAUAUAUUUAACUGGCUCUUUUACAAAGUAUGUAGUUGUUGUUGAUAUCAACAAUGAUAAUCAACUGGAUAUUGUCGUCGGCUAUUCUGAUAACAUCGGUGUUCUUCUCGGAUAUGGCAAUGGUACGUUCGCACAGCAAAUAGCGUUUUCACCUGGCACGGGCUCUCUAGCUAUUGGUGAUUUUAACAAUGAUACUCACCUGGAUAUUGUUGCUCUCAGUGGUUUUAAUGAUAGCGUUAGUAUACUACUUCAGUAUAACAGAGGAGCUUUGAUCAAAUAUAUAAGUUACGCAUCUGGCGGUGCUUCCAGCCUACGAUAUGUUUCUAUUAGUGAUCUAAACAAUGACACUCGACUCGAUAUUAUUGUAGCUAAUUAUGGUACCAACGAUAUUGGUAUUCUUGUUGGAAGUGGAAAUGAUACUUUUCUAAGCCAAAAAAUGCUCAUCAGUGGUUCAAAUUCUCAUCCAUCAGCUAUUGCUAUUGCUGAUUAUAAUGGUGACACGCUAUUGGAUAUUGCUGUGCUAAAUUAUGGUACUAAAGAUAUCGAUAUGCUGAUUGGAAAUGCAAAAGGCACAUUUACAACUCAAACAAAUAAUGGAUUCCAUUUUGUUGCAUCUCCAUUUCUUAUCGUUUCUGGUGAUUUUAGUAAUGAUGGAAAAUCAGAAAUUGCUGUCGCAUGUGAUGGCAAUGAUAAUGUGGAUGUCUUUACUACAUAUAAUACUGGAUCUUUUGUAGAUCCCAUAAUCUAUGCAACUGGUACUUCUCCAUACUCUGUAGCUGUUGGUGAUUUUAACAAUGAUAAUCGACUAGAUAUUGUGGUGCUUAAUAGAGGUGACAACAACGUGAGUGUUUUUCUCGGGUACGGUAAUGGUUUAUUUGGAAAUCAAACGACAUAUUCAACUGGCUCUAAUCCACAGGCCGUAGCUGUCGGUGAUUUCAACAAUGAUAAUCGACUGGAUAUUGUUGUUGCCAAUGGUGAUGACAACAAUGUCAGUGUUCUUUUGGCGUAUGGUAAUGGUUCAUUUGCAGACCAAAUGACAUAUUCAACUGGCCGUGGAUCACAGACUUUAGCUGUUGGUGAUUUCAACAAUGAUAAUCGACUGGAUAUUGUUGUCACCAAUUCUAUCGGCAAUAAUACUAGUGUUCUUCUUGGAUUUAACAAUGGUUCAUUUGCAGAUCAAAUGAUGUAUUCAACUGGCUCAGAUCCACUAGGUGUAGCUGUUGGCGAUUUCAACAAUGAUAAUCUAUUGGAUAUUGUUGUCGCCAAUGAUUAUAGCGUCGGUGUCCUUCUUGGGUAUGGUAAUGGUACGUUUGCA